UUUUUUUUUCGAGGAGAGGGCGGGGUAGGUGUCCGUCCCCUCCCCUCUUCCCCCUCCUUUGCCUUCUUGGUUUGAAUUUCCUCCCCCGGCAUUGCACUGGCGAACAGUGCAAGAGGCAAUACCCGCACGGAGGGAGAACGAAGGCUGAGACACCCCUGCUGCUCCAAACCCAGAAGAACUGGAGCCUGGAGGCGGGUGAGGGGAGAAGAGGAAGCGGGAGGGGCUUGGCUUCCUCGCGUAUUUGAGGACAGCCCAUCUCCCUUCAAGAACCCUACGGAGAGACAGACUGCAUCUCCGCAACGAGCUCUUGGAGCGCCGCCGGCCGGGAGGCGAAGGAUGCUGGCGGCUCCGCGCGCCGGCUGCGGGGCAGUGCUCCUGCUGUGGAUUGUCAGCAGCUGCCUCUGCAGAGCCUGGACGGCUCCCUCCACGUCCCAAAAAUGUGAUGAGCCGCUCGUCUCUGGACUCCCCCAUGUGGCUUUCAGCAGCUCCUCCUCCAUGACUGGUAGCUAUUCUCCCGGCUAUGCCAAGAUAAACAAGCGAGGAGGUGCUGGGGGAUGGUCUCCAUCAGACAGUGACCAUUAUCAAUGGCUUCAGGUUGACUUUGGCAAUCGGAAGCAGAUCAGUGCCAUUGCAACCCAAGGAAGAUAUAGCAGCUCAGAUUGGGUGACCCAGUACCGGAUGCUCUACAGCGACACAGGGAGAAAUUGGAAACCCUACCAUCAAGAUGGGAAUAUCUGGGCAUUUCCUGGAAACGUUAACUCUGAUGGUGUGGUCCGGCAUGAAUUACAGCAUCCUGUUAUCGCCCGCUAUGUGCGCAUCGUGCCUCUGGAUUGGAAUGGAGAAGGUCGCAUUGGACUCAGAAUUGAAGUUUAUGGCUGUUCUUACUGGGCUGAUGUUAUCAACUUUGAUGGCCAUGUUGUGUUACCAUAUAGAUUCAGAAACAAGAAGAUGAAAACACUGAAAGAUGUCAUUGCCUUGAAAUUUAAGACGUCUGAAAGCGAAGGAGUAAUCUUGCACGGAGAAGGACAGCAAGGAGAUUACAUUACCUUGGAACUGAAAAAAGCCAAGCUGGUCCUCAGUUUAAACUUAGGAAGCAACCAGCUUGGCCCCAUAUAUGGCCACACAUCAGUGAUGACCGGAAGUUUGCUGGAUGACCACCACUGGCACUCCGUGGUCAUUGAGCGCCAGGGGCGGAGCAUUAACCUCACGCUGGACAGGAGCAUGCAGCACUUCCGCACCAACGGAGAGUUUGACUACCUGGACUUGGACUACGAGAUAACCUUUGGAGGCAUCCCUUUUUCUGGCAAGCCCAGUUCCAGCGGUAGAAAGAAUUUCAAAGGCUGCAUGGAAAGCAUCAACUACAACGGCAUCAACAUUACUGAUCUUGCCAGAAGGAAGAAAUUAGAGCCCUCAAAUGUGGGAAAUUUGAGCUUCUCUUGUGUGGAACCCUAUACAGUGCCUGUCUUUUUCAAUGCUACAAGUUACCUGGAGGUACCCGGACGGCUUAACCAGGACCUGUUCUCAGUCAGUUUCCAGUUUAGGACAUGGAACCCCAACGGUCUCCUGGUCUUCAGUCACUUUGCGGAUAAUUUGGGCAAUGUGGAGAUUGACCUCACUGAAAGCAAAGUGGGUGUUCACAUCAACAUCACACAGACCAAGAUGAGUCAAAUCGAUAUUUCCUCAGGUUCUGGGUUGAAUGAUGGACAGUGGCAUGAGGUUCGCUUCCUAGCCAAGGAGAAUUUUGCUAUUCUCACCAUCGAUGGAGAUGAAGCAUCAGCAGUUCGAACUAAUAGUCCUCUUCAGGUUAAAACUGGCGAGAAGUACUUUUUUGGAGGUUUUCUGAACCAGAUGAAUAACUCAAGUCACUCUGUUCUUCAGCCCUCAUUCCAAGGAUGCAUGCAGCUCAUUCAAGUGGAUGAUCAACUUGUAAAUUUAUACGAAGUGGCACAAAGGAAGCCGGGAAGUUUUGCAAAUGUCAGCAUUGACAUGUGUGCGAUCAUAGACAGAUGUGUGCCCAAUCACUGCGAGCAUGGUGGGAAGUGCUCACAAACAUGGGACAGCUUCAGAUGCACUUGUGAUGAGACAGGAUACAGUGGGGCCACCUGCCACAACUCUAUCUACGAGCCUUCCUGUGAAGCAUACAAACACCUAGGCCAGACAUCAAAUUACUACUGGAUAGAUCCUGAUGGCAGUGGACCUCUGGGGCCUCUGAAAGUUUACUGCAACAUGACAGAGGACAAAGUGUGGACCAUAGUGUCUCAUGACUUGCAGAUGCAGACGAAUGUGGUCGCCUACAACCCAGAAAAAUACUCAGUGACACAGCUUGUUUACAGCGCCUCCAUGGACCAGAUAAGUGCCAUCACUGACAGCGCGGAGUACUGCGAGCAGUAUGUCUCCUAUUUCUGCAAGAUGUCAAGGUUGUUGAACACUCCAGAUGGAAGCCCUUACACUUGGUGGGUUGGCAAAGCCAACGAGAAGCACUACUACUGGGGAGGUUCUGGGCCCGGAAUCCAGAAAUGUGCCUGCGGCAUUGAACGCAACUGCACAGAUCCCAAGUACUACUGUAACUGCGACGCGGACUACAAGCAGUGGAGGAAGGAUGCUGGCUUCUUAUCGUACAAAGAUCACCUGCCAGUGAGCCAAGUGGUGGUUGGAGAUACUGACCGGCAAGGCUCAGAAGCCAAAUUGAGUGUGGGUCCUCUGCGCUGCCAAGGAGACAGGAAUUAUUGGAAUGCCGCCUCUUUCCCAAACCCAUCCUCCUACCUGCAUUUCUCUACCUUCCAAGGGGAAACUAGCGCUGACAUUUCUUUCUACUUCAAAACAUUGACCCCCUGGGGAGUGUUUCUUGAAAAUAUGGGAAAGGAAGAUUUCAUCAAGCUGGAGCUGAAGUCUGCCACAGAAGUGUCCUUUUCAUUUGAUGUGGGAAAUGGGCCGGUAGAGAUUAUAGUGAGGUCACCAACCCCUCUCAACGAUGACCAGUGGCACCGGGUCACUGCAGAGAGGAACGUCAAGCAGGCCAGCCUACAGGUGGACCGGCUGCCCCAGCAGAUCCGCAAGGCCCCAACAGAAGGCCACACCCGCCUGGAACUCUACAGCCAGUUAUUUGUUGGUGGUGCUGGGGGCCAGCAGGGCUUCCUGGGCUGCAUCCGCUCCUUGAGGAUGAAUGGGGUGACACUUGACCUGGAGGAAAGAGCAAAGGUCACAUCUGGGUUCAUAUCCGGAUGCUCAGGCCAUUGCACCAGCUAUGGAACAAACUGUGAAAACGGAGGCAAAUGCCUAGAGAGAUACCACGGUUACUCCUGCGAUUGCUCUAAUACUGCGUAUGAUGGAACAUUUUGCAACAAAGAUGUUGGUGCAUUUUUUGAAGAAGGGAUGUGGCUACGAUAUAACUUCCAGGCACCAGCAAUCAACGCCAGAGACUCCGGCAGCAGAGUAGAGAACUCUCCCGACCAGCAGAACUCCCACCCAGACCUGGCCCAGGAGGAGAUCCGUUUCAGCUUCAGCACCACCAAAGCGCCCUGCAUUCUCCUCUACAUCAGCUCCUUCACCACAGACUUCUUGGCAGUCCUCGUCAAACCCACCGGAAGCUUACAGAUUCGAUACAACCUGGGUGGCACCCGAGAGCCAUACAAUAUUGACGUAGACCACAGGAACAUGGCCAAUGGACAGCCGCACAGUGUCAACAUCACCCGCCACGAGAAGACCAUCAUUCUCAAGCUCGAUCAUUAUCCGUCUGUGAGUUACCAUCUGCCAAGUUCAUCCGACACCCUCUUCAAUUCUCCCAAGUCGCUCUUUCUGGGAAAAGUUAUAGAAACAGGGAAAAUUGACCAAGAGAUUCACAAAUACAAUACCCCAGGAUUCACUGGUUGCCUCUCCAGAGUCCAGUUCAACCAGAUCGCCCCUCUCAAGGCUGCCUUGAGGCAGACAAACGCCUCGGCUCACGUCCACAUCCAGGGCGAGCUGGUGGAGUCCAACUGCGGAGCCUCGCCGCUGACCCUCUCCCCCAUGUCGUCUGCCACCGACCCCUGGCACCUGGAUCACUUGGAUUCAGCCAGUGCGGAUUUUCCAUAUAAUCCAGGACAAGGCCAAGCUAUAAGAAAUGGAGUCAACAGAAACUCGGCUAUCAUUGGAGGCGUCAUUGCUGUGGUGAUUUUCACUAUCCUCUGCACCCUGGUCUUCCUGAUCCGGUACAUGUUCCGCCACAAGGGCACCUACCAUACCAAUGAAGCGAAGGGGGCGGAGUCGGCAGAGAGCGCAGACGCCGCCAUCAUGAACAACGACCCCAAUUUCACAGAGACCAUUGAUGAAAGCAAAAAGGAAUGGCUCAUUUGAGGGGUGGUUACUUGGCUAUGGGAUAGGGAGGAGGGAAUUACUAGGAAGGAGAGAAAGGGACAAAAGCACCCUGCUUCAUACUCUUGAGCACAUCCUUAAAAUAUCAGCACAAGUUGGGGGAGGCAAGCAAUGGAAUAUUCUUGAGACUGAUGACAAAAAAACAAAAAAUUUAAUAUUUCUUUAUAGCUGAGUUUUCCCUUCUGUAUCAAAACAAAAUAAUACAAAAAAAUGCUUUUAGAGUUUAAGCAAUGGUUGAAGUUUGUAGGUAAUAUCUGUCUUAUUUUGUGUGUGUUUAGAGGUGUUCUAAAGACCCGUGGUAACAGGGCAAGUUUUCUACAUUUUUAAGAGCCCUUAGAACAUGGGUAUUUUUUCUUGAGAAAAGCUGAUGCACCUACAUAUGGCCCCCAACAUUCUCUUCCUUUUGCUUCUAGUCAACCUUAAUGGGCUGUUGUAGUAACUAGUUCGUGUUCAUAUACUAUUUCCUUUGAUGUCCUAUAAGUUGGAAAAGAAAGGGGCAAAGAGAACCUAUUAUUUGCCAGUUUUCAAGCAGAGUUCAAUCUAUGCCAGCUCUCUGGCAUCUGGGGUUCCUGACUGGUAACAGCAGUUGAAGCAAGAGAGUGCAUGGCACCUGGUGUGUAACGACACAAUCAGCACAACUGGAGAGAGGCAUUAAAGAACCAGAGAAGGCAGUUUAUAUUGGGGUUGUUGGUUUUUCAUUGAAUUCUACAAGCUAAUAUUGUUCUAAUAUGUAGUCUUAGACCAAUUCAAUAUCUGUAACUAUCAGCUGCAAUACCAUGGUGACCAGCUGUUACAAAAGAUUUUUUCCUGUUUUAUCUGAAACAUACUGGAUUUAUAUAUGUAUAAGCGCCUCAAUGGGGUAUUAGAGCCAGAUGUUAUGAUUUGUUUGCUCUUUUUCUUUUAAAGUUGUAGCGAACAUAUGGAUAAUUUCUAGUGAAUGCAUAAAUUAGGUUGCGCUUCUUAUUUUGCUUUAAGUCUCUGGUAGUUUUUCCACCCCUGUGAUAAAAUCCUAAUAGACCGUGUCCUAUAAAUGGAUGCAACACAAUAAAGUUAUUACGGCUGUUACUCUGGAUGAUAUGGAAAACACUGCCAUAUUUUAAAUCAACUACUCCACGUGUUUUUCCAUGCAAUCACACUGCUGUGAUUCAGGGAUCUUCUGAGAUGGACACAUUUGAACCUCAACUUCCUCACAAACCUGGUACCUGUUGCUUCUCAGACGAUGGACAAGUGUAGUUAGUCACACCUCUUAGUUUAAUCUGAAACCUUGACCCAGUUGUGUAACAAAUAACUCAUUGAUUAUAUUUAAAAAUAAUACACUUCAUGUAAACAAAUGGGGACAAUGCAUCCAAAAAUAAUCUUAUUUUUUAAACAGAUUAUACAAAACAGAUUUCUAGAAAGACUACCAUUUGUGAUCAUUAUAUUUCAAGCCUCUUAUACUUAAUAAGCACUUUUUUAAAAAUCUUGAGAUCCCACCAUUCUGAGGAAUUAAAUAUGAUCACUUUUUCCUUCUUUGCCUGGGAGAGGUUAAGAGGAGGUUUCAGAGGUAUAGAUGCUAUUGUUCUGAUGGCCCGGCUCAAUAAAAUGGAAAUUCUAGUUGGUUAGAAUAAUGCAUUUUUUUUUCAAGAUUCUCAGUAUGCCUAACUUAUUGGGGCAUGUCAGUUUCUUGGGUAAUGGAAAACAUUACCUAGAGUUGCUAGUGGCACAUUACACCAGUACACAGCACAUUCCAAAAGACACAUUGGACCAGUUAAUUCCCAUGCAAGUCAAGGUAACAGAACAAAAGGGAAUCCUGAUGCCCUUUUACCGUUGGCUGGUUGAGCUCAGGCACUGUCAUGGACACCCUUAAUUUUAAAAGGUUUUAAUCAUUCUUCUAUAAAAUACAUUUAAAGUGGAAAAACAUUUAAUAUCACUAAAUAUCAGAACAAUGUAACAUUUACAAAUGAAAUAUUGAAAGCAAAGGCUGUUUUAUUUAGCCAAGAUGACUACCAUUAGGAGUUACUGUAUGUAUUGUUGAACGCAAAUUUUAAACAUAACAUUUUAAAAGUGUUUCUGAUUUUUAAACCUGGUUUACAGGUAUUACUCCUGUACUUACCAAAUAACGCCCGAUGGAAAUUUAUUAUUUCUUGCAAUUCCCAUGAUAGCUCUGUUCAUUAUGCAUUGUCAACACUUUUCCUUUUUUCCCCAAAAUGAGUAGGGGAUUAAAGUCACCCAAAACAGCUUCUGCUACUAAAAUGUUCUCAUCCUUUCUCCUCCCGCAAAAGGUGAAAAAUGAGAUCCAAUCCUCUCACCAAAAUUUCAAACCUAGGACACUGGAAUGACUGCAGGGAUCAGUGGUUCUCCCAUAUCACCAUCAAUUAAGACAUAUAGGAUACUCUCUCUCUCUCUUCAAGAGGGUUACAAUAUGGCCAUCAGACAGGAAACCAAAAGGUGGAUAAAGUAUUAAGUAAUUAAGUGCCAAAUAAAUGCUGGAAAUCUUGACCUCUUCUUGGGAUUAUGAGUUUAACAAAAAUCCCUACACCUGCUUAUGAAGGCCAUAUCCAGUACAUUUUAAGUGGUAAAUAAUAUAUUUAUGUGAAGAAAAGGAAUUAACUCUUUCUUCCAACUCUCUCCCUGGACAGCCUAACACAGUGCAGCCUCGAUAACCAUGACAUUCCCACCCAAGCUCUCAGUGCCUAAUCCUGCUUUGUCAUUCACUUCUCACACAAUCUUGACAUCUUAUAUUCCAAUACAUUAUCAAGCAAGCACAAGUAUAUUGGUAGUAGCCUCUUUAAAUAAUAUGUAUAGACAACAACAACAACAAAAUAGGCUGUUCUAAAGUUUCAGGGAAAGUUAAUGGCGGAUUUAAGGUUGUGCAGGAAACAUCUGUGUAUGAAGCAAAUAUCGAUGUUUUGGAAAGAUAGGAGAUGACUUUGAAUGAAUGCAAGGUUAGUGCGACUGUAAGCUCUCAAAAUAGCAGACUCCCUAGAGUUCAAGAAAGCUGGUCCAGGAGGUUGAAAAAGUUGUUUUAUUGUUAAAUUAUUUUCUGGCCCUUCUUAAUAUUUAAAAAUAUAUUUCCCCUUGUGGCUUUCAACCAACUGCUCAAAGAGACUUGUUAUGUGGAAGUUUUCAUUAAAGAGCUGAAAACAAGAAUUUAGACAGCCUUUACUAGAAAAUGUCCUACUGCCCUGCAUUUGACAAACAAGCAUCCUUUACUAACAAGAACAGGAAUUCAGAGGCACAAGAAAAAGCAAUGGCAUGAGCCAAAGAGUCUAUCUUAAUAUUACUUUUGAACAUCUGCUGAGCAGCCACCAUAUAUGCAGGCUGAGAGCUGGGCACAGACAGAAGCCACUGGAAGCACUUCAGGAACAAGCACACAGCUAUGGGACUUGAACAUGCAAGUGUUCAGGUCGCGUCAAGAAGCUUUUCUUUCCUUCUAUGAUGCAAUCUGUUCUUUUCGAUCCUACUUUUUUCUCUCUUCCUCUCCUUGCCACACUAUAUCCUGCUCUUACGCAGCAAACUUUUUAAUGGCCCCUUUAUGUUUCAUGCCUCCAAACAACACUGAAUUUGAAACCCCCCCUUUUGGCCGGGCGCGGUGGCUCACGCCUGUAAUCCCAGCUCUCAGGGAGGCAGAGGCGGGAGGAUAGCUUGAGCCCCGGAGUUCGAGACCUGCCUGGGUAAUAUAGCGAGACCCCGUUCUCCACAAAAAGGAAAAAAAAAAAAAAGAAACCCCCCCUUUUCUUUUCACCACUCUGUUGAGCAAUUUUCCCAAAAAAAGGCAGCAAUUAUUAAACUUAAUUCAAGUGAGCCAGUCAAAGAUAGGUCCUAAAUUGCUAGUCCCAACAGAACCACCUGAUCCUAAACCAGUGAGAAACAAACAGUAACAAUAUCCGCCGCUGACUUCAGCUAAGAAUCAAUGGCCCCUGCCCACCUCCCCCUCAACUUUUCUUUCUUUUGAGACGGAGUCACACUCCGUCGCCCAGGCUGGAGUGCACUGGCGCCAUCUUGGGCUCACAGCAACCACCUCCUCCUCCCGCAUUCAGGCGAUUCUCCUGCCUCAGCCUCCCAAGAGCUGGGAUUACAGGCACUCGCCAUCACACCCGGCUAAUAUUUUUGUAUUUUUAGUAGAGGCCGGGCUUCACCAUGUUGGCCGGGGUGGUCUCAAACUCCUGACCUCAAGUGAUCCGCCCACCUCGGCCUUGCAAAGUGCUGGGAUUACAGGUGUGAGCCACCGUGCUGAGCCAGCCCCAUUUUUUAAAUGAUGAUUUGAUAAGAGUGGACCCUGAGAAUUAGCUGACAGCAUCCCCUUUCUCUCUCCCUGCCUUGGUGUGACCCUCCCUGUGUGACCUUGGUUAAGUCCUCGAACUUUUGUCCCGUGUUUAAGAUGGAGCUGUUUUACCUACUUCAUAAGACAGUUGCAAGGUGCCAUUGAUUCUUGACUGCAAAAUACCCUGAAACCCUUAUAUGAAGGCUUAAGUCAACGGAGCCUAGUGGAAGAUUUGUGGCUUGUGGUUGAAAGUCACAUCAAAAGACAAAUGUGGCCACGUUCAGGAAUUGGAGACUUACUGGCAUGGCUCUACAACUGCUCAAUUAUUAAUCAUGCAGACUAACCUGUCAACACUGGGAGAUGCAACAUAGCAAAAGGACAGAGAAAUUAGAAUAUUUUGUGCAGAAAGCCCUAAAUUCUCACCUGAAUGUAACUUAUAGCUCCCUUACCUACUCUUACACAUGCCUUCCCAAUAUGCUAGACUGGCUUAUACAUAGGCCAACACAAAAUACAAACGUGACAUGUUCAUGUAGCCUAGUGGCUCGGUGCCUAUUCUCCAUGUAUCUGCAUGGUAAUGUUGGAAACUUUAAGUACAUUUCUUUCACAGCAGUUUUCUUCAUAAGUGGUAUAUAAAUCUCAUAUUCAAUGAAAUGGGGAAAUCACGUUGAGAAGUUGGUUUGUUAUCUCUCAUUGAGCAAAGACUGGCAGGAGAUAAUAAAAAUAAAUAUGGGCACACACGUAUUAAUAUACAGCACGCAUUUACAAGUUUAUUUUCCAGAUAAAAUUGUGGUAUAAGAACAGUUCUACCAAAACAGUCUGCACCAUUUCCAAGUCUCAGUUAAUUUACAGCAACUGCUGCUUUUGGAGAUGGCUGUGAAAAUAUGGAAGUUCCUCUCAAGUAGGCAAAGAAACAGUUCUAGAUUUACUGAUUCUAAGUUUUAUUUUGUCAAGUUUUUUAAAUUUUCUCAGUGAGCAUGGUGACUGCAGAGGUUAGCGUUGUGAAAAGCUGGGCUAAAUAUUCUUUCUGUAAAGUCCAAUAGGAUUCCAUCCCUAUGAAAUAACACAAAAUUUCACUCUCUAAAAGCAACAGCAUGUAAACUAGAAUGAAAAAAGGAAAUUAUGUACGUAUGCCUAAUAUUCUUUGUGAAUGUCUUUCAUUUAACUAAAAUUAUAUUAGAAACCAGAUUGAUAAAUAAAAAUUUCAACAUAGUUUUAAUUAUCCUAAAA